AUUGUGUCAAAAUCUUAAGUGACUUAAUUUAAAUUAGAACAUUUCGAUAAAGUUAAUAAGUGAGUGGUUAUUUACAGGUAUAAAAUAAUUUAACAAGAAAAACACAUCACAAUGAAGAUCCUCAUACUAUGCACGGCGGUGAUCGCAGCGCUAGCAGAGCCUCCCGUAAAUAACAGAUACCUACCUCCGCAGCAAGGGUUUGGAGGGAACGGGUUUGGGGCACCCUCCAAUACGUAUGGACCCCCAGGGGGCUCAGGGUUUGGACCUCAGAGGCAGACUGAUGCGGUCUUUACAAGCCGUCCAUCCUCCUCCUACGGGGCCCCCUCAUUCUCUGGAAGCAGCCGCCCCUCGUCCCAAUACGGGGCUCCCAACGCCUUCAGAGCCCAAACUCCCUCUUCCCAAUACCUCCCCGCUAACCAAGGCCAGGGCAGGCUUGGUGCCCCUUCCUCUCAGUAUGGCGCCCCAGCACAGACCCGAAUUAACGCCCCAUCAACCCAAUAUGGCGCCCCUGGUGCUCAAGGUCUUAACGCUCCAUCGUCCCAGUACGGCGCCCCUGGUGCCCAAAACCUUAAUGCUCCAUCAUCUCAAUACGGCGCGCCUAAUUCUCAAUCUGGAUUCGGUGCCCCGUCUUCUCAGUACGGCGCUCCAAAUGCUCAAGGUCUUAACGCCCCAUCAUCUCGUUACGGCGCGCCCGGUGCCCAGAACGCCCCAUCGACCCAAUAUGGCGCCCCUGGAGCCCAAGGUGGGUUUGGCGCCCCUGGAGCCCAGGGUGGUUUUGGCGCCCCGUCGACGCAGUACGGCGCCCCUAAUGGAUUCGCUCGUCAGCCUUCUCAGCAGUAUGGAGCUCCAGGAUUUGGUGGUCUUGGAGGUGGUCAGCAAUACUCCCAGAACGGUUUCAACUCCAACGGCUUCAGGGGUGUGCAGAGCAGGCAGUACCUUCCCCCAGGCGGCAGAGGCGCUGGAGGAUACAAUGGAGAUGAUGGUAGCAAUGGAGAGCCAGCGAACUACAGCUUCGAAUACAUGGUGAAGGAUGAGCCUUCUGGCAACGACUUCGGGCACCGCGAGUCGAGGCAAGGCGACCGCGCUGAAGGCCAGUACUACGUGCUGUUGCCUGAUGGUAGGAAACAGACCGUGGAAUACGAAGCCGACCAAGACGGCUACAAGCCCAGGAUAUCCUACGAAGACACCGGCCUCGGCCUCGGAGGCUACGACAGAAACGGCCAAGGCCAAGGCCAAGGCUACAACCAGAGCGGGCCUUACUAGACGACUGACAAACUGACAAAAGCCUGGUGUGUUCAAGUCAACGGAUUGGUUCAGCAAUUGCUUGUAAUUCAUUGUUUAGAGACUUUUCAGUAAGUUAAUCAAAGGCUGAGUUUCUUCCGCCACUUCUACAUUUGCCCAAGUACUCGAAGGCAAUUAAGUUCACAACUUUUCAAGCCAGCUAAGGAAGACUCAGGAGUGCCGGGACAGUAGGUCGAAGAUCCGAUGAGUCCUCUUUACUAGUUUGCUAUCGCGUUUUUCGCAUCCCGCAUUCCCAUUUUAUGGUCCUUCGAGCCGGAUGUUCUGUCGAACUGGUGGUAGAUCAAGCUAUAUUGGGACGUGUCUAAGUGCCCUGAAAAGGGUCUACUAAAUAAAUAAUUGUAAUGAAUUUUGAUCUGUAUUUGAGAACUGAACACGGCAGAUAGAGGCUAUUUUUCUAUGUCACUACAAGCGUUUGUUGAAUUGAUAUGUUUUAUGUAAUUUUGUAUUGUAAAUUAUUUUAAGGUGUUUCAAACGACGACAUACAGCAGUAUCAAGGAUUUUGGCCAUAUAUUAUGUAUUUAGCAACUGUAACGCUUAUUUAGUUAAAUAUUUCCAUAUUUAAGGUCUAUCUGUCAAGUUUAUACUUAAAUAAUUACUACUAUAAUAUCUUAGAAAUGAUGAUGAUGACCUAUAUCUAUUUUUUAUCUAAUUAUUCUUAUGUACCAUAUUUAUUAUAUUACUCGUAUAUUUCAUGUCACACAACCCACCUAUUAAUAGUGUAAGGUGUGAUGCUAUAUUAUUAUUAAUUAUUAUUUUAUUGCAUUAUUUUUGUAUUACAACUCUCAUUUAUUUUUAGUUAGGUCAAAAAUUGUAAAUAAAGGACUUUUUUAUGAAAUA